UGUUUUAAUGGUAUUUUGUGUUUCAACUUGACCAUAUCGUCAAGGCGGCACACGAGGUGUCACAAAUCGAGCCCCCCUGUCCGCUGGAGGGGGCGUUAGCAGUUGGAUCGGGAAUGCUAGCGAAUGGACGGACAACAUGGAGGAUCAGCGCGACGUUCAAACCUGCAAGCGAAACGGAAGCUCCGGCUCGUUGCUGUCGGCCGGUUCCGCGGUGGCCAUGGAGAUUAAACGGAAGAAAAUACGGCAGAGUACUUUGUUCCUGCAAACGGAGAACACUGACACACGGGAAAAGCUUGACUUUGAGAUGCGAAUGCGCGAGGGUGCGUACAAGCUGCUGCUGGCCUGCAGUAAGAGAGAACAGGUUCUCAACGCCUCCAAGAACCUGCUGACCUGCAACGCCAGGAUCAAGGCUUACCUCACGCUUCUGCAGAAGAAGAAGAAGAAGGAGGAGGAGGAGGAAGAGCAGGGUGGCAUUGCAGCGGGCAUGAGAUCUUCAGAUCCAGAUGAUCGAGUGGCGUGUAAUGGGACAAUUGCAAUGUCCGGGCUGCGCAUCCCUCUGAUGUGGAGGGAUUCCGCCUACUUUAACAACAGAGGGAGCUCCCGCCGCGUGGCGCUUUUCUGUCUGAUGCAGAUGGGCUCGGAGGUGUUCGCCACGGAGAUGUCCGUGGUGGACAGAUCAGUCACUGAUAUCUGCUUCGAGGGAGUCACCGUCUUCAAAGAUGCACUUCCUCAGUUUGAGCUCAGGGUGGAGUUGUGGAGCUGUGCGCUGGAGGAAGAGCUCACGUUGGUCUAUAAGCCAAAGAAACUGGCCAAGAAGCUCCGCAGCUCCUUUGGAAAGACGGCGGGGAAGAAGCUGUGCCCCCUGGUGGACAAUCCCGACCCCGACACCUUCCUGCAGCACAACCCCAUACCCUUGGGAGCCAAGUACAACCUGCUGGCCCACACUUCACUGUGUCUGCCCGAGGCUGAAGGCAGCUUCCAGUCUCACUCCCUCGUCGUCCUCCAAGACGCUGAGUGGUCCUCCUGGCUUCCCCUUUAUGGCAACCUGUGCUGCCGGCUGGUGGCCCAACCUGCCUGCAUGACACAGACCAUGAUGGCCGGCUACCUGAGCCAGAAGCUAAAUGUCGAGGGGAUGUACCGCUGCUGCAGUCUCUACUGUGUGCUGAGUUCUGGCGUUUUGUCCUGUUACUUCACCCCGGAAGAGAUCGAUGCCAAAGUGGAGCCCACUCUCCAAGUACCCAUCAACAGGGACACCCGCAUCCGUGUGAUGGAGAAAGAGUCAGCCGGCCGGAGAUCCAGGAGUCUCUCCGUGGUCAACCCUUCACCGGAGGGCUCGCAGACCGUCGUCUUCACCGCGGAAAGCGGCCAGGAGCUGGAGGACUGGUUGGACGCCCUCCACCAGCACCUCUACGAUCAAAGCCAGUGGCUGCAAUGCUGCAACGGGCUAAUGAAGAUCGAGGUUGCUUCGCCACGGAAACCAUCACUCUUCCUCACCAAGCAGGCCGACUCUGUUUACAAUGACCUCAGUAUAAAUUCACCUGGCAAGUUUGAGAGCAUCACGGACAUCAUCCACAGCAAGAUCGAGGAAACGGAUGGCCGCUUUCUGAUUGGUCACGAAGAGGUGAAGGAAGCGCCCAAUUGGUCGUCCCUGUUUGAAGGCUCCCAUUCAGUAGUGGUGCAGAAGGGCUUUCUGUCCCAGAGCAAAACCUCCACCCCUUGUUCAAGCCCCAACUCCAGCUCUACAUCUAUCAGCAACAAGAAGCGCCGCGCUCCACCGCCGCCCUCCGACAGGGAGCCGUAUGCUCCUCCCAGCCGCCCUGCCAGACCCCCGCCCCCCGCCUCUCUUCUUCAUCAUCCUUCUCCCCCCUCAUGCAAGGAGAAGGAGAACUCCGGCAUUUGCACUUCACGCCCGGCCGCCAGGUCCAAAACCGGCAGACCGUCUCUGGAUGCCAAAUUCUCCGCCAUCAUCCAGCAGCUCCAGCGGGGCAACGCCGGCGGGGCUGGAGCCCUCAGCCGGAGAAACGCCCCAUUGGGCGUCCUCGAUGUGCAACCACAGGGUCAGCCUCCUCUCCAGCAGCCCGAGUACCAGGACCACAGCAGCGAAGGGGAACACGCUUUCCUCAGGCCGAGUCACGGCCCCGUACCUGUUCCUGCAGCGAGGAGCAAACUGAGGAAGUCCUUUAGGGAGAGGAUGAACCUUUAAAGCCUUGUGACCUCGACCCUCAACAAUAACUAACCCUACUGAUACCAAUAUAGCUACCUACUUAUACCAAUAGACCUACCCACUGAUGCCAAUAGACCUACCCACUGACUAUUUCGGGGCAUGGUGAGGUCUGUCAACAUUUAAGGAAUUUUUCUAAUUUAGGAGAAAUUGGUUUCAUACUGUGACUUAAUAUGAAUCUGCAGCCGGGAGAGUUUAGCUUAGCAUAAAGAUUGGAAAACGACUAGCCUUGCUCCCUCCAAAGAUAACAAUCUGCUGACUUUUUUUGUAACCCAAAAAAGUGCAAAAUGCUACAUUUGACAUACAUCAGGUUGCAUGCAACACUUGUUUGGGGGGAGUUGAUGUGGAUCUGACGCUAACGAUAUGUCGGCUAGCCAAGAAUGGUUUUGAUUAUGAUAAAUAAACAACAUUUAAUGUAUAGAUUAGUGAGCUAGGCAGAUUAUUAUCAUUAUUUUUUUAACCUUUUGAACAGAUUUCGCUCUCUGUUGUUAUGCUGAGCUAAGCUAAACUUUCCGUUGGCUCCAACCUCACCCCGCAGUGAUCGAUCAGAGUUAUAUCGACUUCCUCAUCGUACUUUCACAAACGUCGACCUAUUUCUUAACCUUAAAGGACGGGUUGUGUCACCUGGUCUCUUAAAAAUCAAAAGCUCCUCAUAAUGCCAGUCAUGGCCACCGUAAUCCCCGUCGACACCUCCUGUCACAAUAUCCAUAUUGCAUCUCCAGUCUCGGUUUAAGAAGUCUUUCAGGUGCAGCCGACCCGUGGAUAAAAUGAAAAGCUGUACGUUAGUCUGAGCACUGCCCUCAUCAAUCCCACUAAAAUAGAAAGGCUUAUUUUUCAGCUCUGGAACAUGGACGGAAGAAAGAGCCUUUGCUUAAGCACUCAAAUUGGAAUUGAUCCAUUGGCCGACCGAACGAGUCAUUCCUUUUGGAACUAUUGACUUAUUCCACUCGCCGUGACAACUUUAUGACCACUAUAGCUGAUUCUAAGGGAACGGGAUUUUAGGAGCAAUUGCAAGCACUAAUGUGACUUCACCAUUUCUCAGGGGUCUCUAUAAUGGAGUGACCUUGGUUUUCAGUGGCUACAUAGCAUGUCCAGCAUAAUUUAACAGUGAAGGCUGUAAAUGUCAUGAACAUAAUCGAAUGAAUGGGUCCUUGGAGUGGCUAAAAUAAUGAAUGCCCUUGUGUUUUGAACAUAUCCAAUACUGCCAGCCACUAAAACAUUUCAACCACUUAACGGUCACAUGUCGAAGAAUGGCCUUCAUAAUUACACUUGGUGUACAAAACAUUAGGUUUAGCUACUUUUUAUGAAAUUGGCUGAUCAGAUGAAGCAGUGUGGGGAAAACUGUAAUCCUCCUUUCUUUUUUUUUUCUUUAUCUCACCCCAUAAAGUUCUGUUUUAUCAGGACGGGGAGAUUUAGUUUCACCUUUUGAAAGAACCCGAGAAUAGAUUGCACAAUAGGGGGACGCUGCUCAAUACUAGCAAUGCUUUAUAUGCUCUGUGUAUUACUAACACAUUAGUCACUUUGACGUAGUGCUUUAGAUACCUGGGAAAAACAAGGGAUGGACCGUGGGGGGGGGGCGGUGUGAUAACAGUUUAAAAUCCCCACGGUAAAUAUAUGUUCCAUACUUCCUGUAUCUUCCAUCAUAAUAUCUGGCCAUUUCCAGUUAGUGGGCCUAGUAGAGAAUAAGGACAUUGGAUUGCGGGCCAAUUUCACUGACAGUUAUGGUGAAGGCAAACAUUGUCGUAGUAUUUAAUAAGAACUGUGUAUCCUGAGUGAAAGCAGCGCAUGCUGCCCCUGAGGACAUUAAGCUUGAGGGAAAGCAUGUGAUCUAAAUGUACAACUGUUUUGACGACUUUAAAAAAAAAGGACGCAGUGUUCUGAGCCAGAUUCACAAUGUUUUUAUAAUGUUUGUCUUUUUAUAUGACUUGUAAUUUGUAGUUGUUCAUCUUGUUUUUGAUUCAAAUGCUCUUUAAUUUCUUUUAAUGGUAUAAAACUGCCACUCAUCUCAAUUUUACUUUAGCAUAUUCAUUAUUUAGAUCAGAUUAUUGUCUGUAUGUUGUUAUGUAAAAAAAAAAAAAAGCAAAAACC